AUGUACUUUGUUGACCUAGAGCAAAAACAAAAUUCUCAAAUGGCUGUUCUCUACCCAUGGCACAACCAGUUGGAUAAAGAUUUCAGUGGUUUGCAAAAUAAUCAAAACACGAAAUUACAUGAGUAUCACGAGCUGAGAAUGGAAAACAUCAAGAACAUCGAACGAUAUCUCAGCAAAUUGAACUUAGAUCAAUUUGAAAAGGAAGUUGGUACUCAAGCCGCCAAGAUGUAA